GGAGCCGCGCUGCCGCCGCGCCGCCGAGCCGGGCGAGGCCGGGCCCCGUCGUCCCUGCGAGCCGAGAUCCUUUGAAAUGGCAAAGACUAUUUAAAGACGGAAGACGGCAUGAGAUUGGAUUCAGUGCGGUAAAGUAGGUUAGUUUGGGGACAAAAAAAAAAGUCAUUCUUCAGACCUUCUUGGGCUGUCAUGAUGAGACCUUACCAUUGCUUCUGGCUGCUGUUUUGGGCUGGUCAGCCCCACCAAAGUUUCUUAACUCCGUUGUCUAAAAGGACUAGUGGCUUUCCAGAAAAGGAAAAGGUUUUAGUAUUGUCUGGAAACAGCAGGCGAGACCUCCAUCGUUCCAAAAGGAGCUGGAUGUGGAAUCAGUUCUUUUUAUUGGAGGAAUACACAGGAACUGACUACCAAUAUGUUGGCAAGCUGCAUUCAGACCAGGAUAAAGGAGAUGGAUCACUUAAGUACAUCCUUUCUGGAGAUGGAGCAGGAGACCUCUUCAUUAUCAAUGAAAAUACUGGUGACAUACAAGCCACAAGGAGACUAGACAGGGAAGAAAAGCCUGUAUACAUCCUCCGUGCCCAGGCUAUAAACAGAAGGACUGGAAGACCAGUGGAACCAGAAUCUGAGUUCAUCAUUAAGAUCCAUGAUAUCAAUGACAAUGAGCCAAUGUUUACAAAGGAUGUUUACAAUGCCAGCAUUCCUGAAAUGUCAGAUGUUGGUACCUUUGUUGUGCAAGUCACUGCAACUGAUGCUGAUGAUCCUACAUAUGGGAACAGUGCUAAAGUUGUCUACAGCAUUCUCCAGGGACAACCAUAUUUCUCCGUUGAAUCUGAGACAGGCAUUAUCAGAACUGCUUUGCUAAACAUGGACCGUGAAAACAGGGAGCAAUACCAAGUGGUCAUCCAGGCUAAGGACAUGGGAGGCCAGAUGGGUGGAUUAUCAGGAACCACAACUGUGAACAUCACAUUGACUGACGUAAACGACAAUCCGCCUCGCUUCCCCCAGAGCACAUACCAAUUCAGAGCUCCUGAGUCGACGCCACCUGACUCACCAGUUGGCAGGAUAAAAGCUAAUGAUGCUGAUGUGGAUGAAAACGCAGAGAUUGAAUACAGCAUCACUGAGGGGGAUGGAUAUGACAUGUUUGGAGUUACCACAGACAAGGACACACAGGAAGGAAUUAUAACUGUCAAAAAGGCAUUGGAUUUUGAAAGUAAAAGCCUGUAUAUCCUGAAAGUGGAAGCUACCAAUAGUCAUGUGGACCCUCGAUUCCUUUACCUGGGGCCAUUCAAGGACUCAGCUACAGUCAGAAUUCAGGUGGAGGAUGUGGAUGAACCCCCUGUGUUCAGCAGACCAGCAUACAUAAUGGAAGUGAAAGAAGAUGUUCCAAUAAACAGUGUAAUAGGAGCAGUAACUGCUCAGGAUCCAGAUGCUGCAAAGAACCCUGUCAAGUACUCUGUAGAUCGACACACUGAUAUGGACAGAGUAUUCAACAUCAAUUCAGGAAAUGGUUCGAUAUUUACUUCAAAACCCCUUGACCGGGAAACACUGCUGUGGCACAACAUUACAGUAAUAGCAGCAGAGAUCAACAACCCAAAACAAAGCAGCCGUGUCCCAGUGUUCAUUAAGGUUUUGGAUGUAAAUGACAAUGCUCCAGAGUUUGCCAUGUUUUAUGAGACCUUCGUCUGUGAAAAUGCAAAGGCAGAACAGCUGAUACAAACAUUAAGUGCUGUUGAUAAAGAUGACUCUUACAGUGGACAUCAUUUUUCAUUCUCCUUAGCGCCUGAGGCAGCCAGCAGCUCAAACUUUACACUACAGGACAACAGAGACAACACAGCAGGGAUUUUCACCCGAAGAAACAGAUAUAACCGGCAUGAAAUGAGUACCUACUUCUUACCAGUGGUAAUAUCAGACAAUGACUACCCUAUCCAGAGCAGCACUGAAACGGUGACUAUUCGAGUAUGUGCUUGUGACCAUCGAGGAAAGAUGCUGUCCUGUAAUGCAGAAGCCUUGAUUCAUCCUACUGGUCUUAGCACUGGGGCUCUUAUUGCCAUUCUACUCUGUAUUAUCAUAUUACUCGUUACAGUGGUGCUGUUUGCAGCGCUGAGACGGCAACGGAAAAAAGAGCCUUUGAUUAUUUCCAAAGAAGACAUCAGAGACAACAUUGUCAGUUAUAACGAUGAAGGUGGUGGAGAGGAAGACACCCAGGCGUUUGAUAUCGGCACGCUGAGGAAUCCCGAAGCCAUAGACGAUAAUAAAUUACGCAGAGACAUUGUGCCAGAAACACUUUUUAUCCCACGGCGGACUGCAACGAGAGAUAAUACUGAUGUGAGAGAUUUCAUUAACCAAAGGUUAAAGGAAAAUGAUACAGAUCCAGCGGCACCUCCGUAUGACUCGUUAGCAACCUAUGCGUAUGAAGGUAAUGGUUCCGUGGCUGAGUCCCUCAGCUCCCUGGAGUCAGUGACUACAGACGGAGACCAGGACUAUGAUUACCUCAGUGACUGGGGGCCUCGGUUUAAAAAGCUGGCAGAUAUGUAUGGCGCAAUGGACAGUGAUAAAGACUCUUAAUAUGUUGCCUUUUUCUUUUUUUUCCUGGUUUUGUUUCCCUUCCUUAUUUUCAGAAACAGCAUUGAGAUAUGUGAAGUGGCUAUUUCUUUCUGUUUCUCCACAGCUGUGUGAAAGGGUUCUCUGCUCUACCCGUCCAAAUUGUCUAAUGACUGCAAUCUGUGUGGAUCAGCCGUCAGAAUACUUUUUCUAGUAUCAUUUUAUGAGCUUCCAAGAGGCAAAAUUCUCAUUUUUAGUGCAUCCAGUUUACCAAGCCAAUUUUACAGGCACGGCAGUAGUUGAGGUGAAAAAAAACAGAUCAGAUGGGGAGCAAUACUUUUACUUGUUCUGCUUAUAUUGUAAAUUGGAGUCUAUUACUGUUUAAGCUCACUUGCUCUUUUUACUUGUAUCCAGACUAUUCAGCUCAAACAACCGCUCUGUCGAUUGUGUAUUGCACAUCCCAAUGUAAUGAGGUACCCUAGUUUACCCUGUGUAUUAUAGUCAAAAGUAGUGGUGAUGGAAUGAAGGUUUAUCAUACAAGUAGAGUAAGCUGAGAAAAAACAUCAAACAUGCAUUUUACUCAUGAGGAGGGCAGAAAAGCCUAACGGUGAUUUAAACCCACAUGUUUUUCUAGAACUCACCAUUGCCCCCAACACAUUGAAUCAUACUAACUCACACAUAUAUAUAGUUCAUUGACUACUAUGUAUAUAUUCUUCUGACCUAGCAUUGCUGGAGAGAUGUGCGUGCAUGCAUGUGUGUGGUCAGUAGCCCCAAUAUUGAAUUCUUAGACUGUUUCCCAGUUCUAACCCAGGCUUGCUUUUGCUAUGGGGAAAAUAAUCUAUUCCAACUCCAGAUUAGAUCACUACUUGGAGGAAGGAACACAUCAUUGCUGUGUUUUUCUUCAUACAUCUUUGGUUGGCUUUCACCUGCACAUCAGUUCAGUGAUGGCCACUGCACUGGGGAUGUGGGAGUCAGGCUUUUCAUGUCCAUCUACUUCUGCCUAUUUUCAUGUGCAGCAGGGUAGGAAUAGCCUCAAGGUGACCACCACCCACUGGGGCAAAAGAAAGAACUGCAAAGGAAGAGUGCUUUUUUUGUCCUGACUUUCACUUCCUGGAUGCCCAGGGUGGCUUCCCAACUGGCUCUGCCCAGUUUUGCUAUCUGUAAAAUGGGAAAAUAAUGCCUACCUCAUCAGGAUGUUGCAAGAAUUAUACAAGUCAUUUGCAAAAUCCUUCACAGGUGGAAAAGGCUGGCAUUCUGCUGGAGGAAGUAGUUGCUCAUGCUUUUGGGUGGUUUUCUUUUUUUUUUUUUCCCCUCCAAAUUCAAACCCUGAGUGCACAAGUAAGAAUCAAUUGUCAUUCUAGUGGCCUGAAAAGUAGGAUUCAAAACUAACUUUUCUAAAAAUAAACUUCUUAUCCAGGGUUGACAAAGACUUCACCAAAAGGUAAAAUAUUAAUCAUAAAUCUCCCUGUGUGUUUAUCUGCUGUGCCAAGCUAAGUAAUUUUUGUCUGGGAUGGGGUGUGAGGAGAUGACAUCAUCUUAGGCCAAAACAAUAUUCUUUACAGCUUAUCUACCACACAGUAUUUGUAUUGGUUUGGUAUGCAGUUGCUGCUCUUCAAAUCCAGCCAUCUAGGAGCGGCUAUCUGGAGAAAACCCUAAGGGGAUGCCAUGGGACACAUCCAACACCAGGAGCUAAAAGCCACCUUGUGUUGCAAAGAAGAGACAUAGUCCAUGGUACUGUACCAAGAAAAAAAAGGAUUUUUAAAUGUUUUUUGUUUUUUUAAAGAUCUCAUACAUAAUUAAACUCAUUUACUUCAUUUUGAAACAGUAUUUAAAGCCAGAAUUACAGACGUGUAUCUGUUUUCCCCCUCCCCUGAAUCUUAAAGUGAAUCUGUUUGAAAACUAAGCAGCAGCUCCAGUUUUCUCUAAAAACAGAGAAGGGAAAAAAGUUAAAAACCAGAAAAUUAAGAGGGAUUAAAAAUUAAUCCCUGGAGUUAGUUACUCCUAGAGAGUUAAGUAAAGAGAACAGCAAGAUCUCCAAGUAUUAGAGUGUUACAAGCAUGAUGACAUAAUUUCAGAGAAGAGGACAAGCCAAUGGCUUACAGAUGGUCAGCAUGAUAGAUUAGAUGGGUUUUUUAAGUGGAGGAGUCCAGAGUUUCCAAGGGACCUGAGCCUCCCAUUUCCUUGAUGGAGGCUUCUCAUGGUGCUUCUGUCCAUCAGAGCAAGGUGCCCAACUCCAUCACUUAGUGGGGCUAAGCUUGUUGCACCUGUCACAGCUACAAUGGUAUAACUGGGCCCUUACUACGUCCUCAUCCUCCUGAGGCCCCCUCACUAAUUUGAGAUGAUAAAAGCCUUUCAAAAAGUCUAGCCUCUCAUGGCUUCCUUGAAAUCAGAGCAUUUAGGAGGCAACCUGUCCAAAACCUGGUUCUGGCACACAGAAGGAAUCAUCUGGAUUUCAGAUACAUGAAGGAGCAGCAGUCUUUCAGUCUGCCCUCCUCAUGCAAUUCAUGGGGCAACAUACUCCAUGAGCAUACCAGGCUCAGAGUCCAGUUGGAAACCCAGUGCAAACAAGUCAACUGUCCCUUCUUCAACACCCAAAUUGAGCGGGGACAGAUCUGUGUUCAGCAGGCAUAGCAGAGGUGGCUGUGGAAUCACAUCCCCAGCUCAGAGAGAAGAGGGAGUCACCAUUGCUUGACUGCGGACAGACCCUACAUCCUGAAAGGGCUGGGCCACCCUGCAGGUCAACGUGCAUCAGUCACUCUUUGAGGUGGAAUAAGAAGACAGGACAAUCACUGAUCUCCUUGUAACUACUUUCCUAUAUUUGUACAGUGAUUUUGUCUGAUUUAAUGAUUGUUAUUAGCAGUCCAAGCACAAGCCUUGGGUUUUUUUCUUUUAGUUGAAAGCUGGUUUUAUCUUGUCCAUUGAGUGACACAGUAAAUAGGAGCGGCUACUUGUGCCCGUUGUGUAAAUAUAUUAUAUAAAAAAUUGUGUUAUGUCACCACAAAUGUGGUGCCUGAAUAGCAAAUUGAUUCUUCUCAGAAAACUCAAGGCAAACUUGCACCAAAUUAUUAUUUAUGCAUCUAGGUUUUAAGAUCUAUUUUUUCUUGCAAAUUGGGCAGAUUUAGAAUCUCUGACACAGGAAGAAUUCAAAUCUGUUUUUUCUUCUUGCUUGGCAGUAUCAUACAGUGCAAAUUACAAAAGCAUUACUGCAUAUUAAAUAUUAGAAGUGCCAUAUUGCAGUGAAAACAAAACUUUGCAGUAGUAUUUUUUUGCACUUCGUUGCAUGCUCGUGCCCUAAAUGACAGAAAUGAAUAGUUAACAAUGCUUUCCCACAAUGCUAGAACUGGCAUUUAUAGACAAACAAGUGUUAGACUACAGGCUGUGAGGUGAGUUUCCAGGCUGUUUUAAGCCUGCUCUUCUUAAAACCACACCUGUUUGAGCAGGAGAAAUAUUAUUAGGUAUUUUAGCUAUUCCGGGUAGAGAUGAGCGAUGCAGUUGACUUUUAGUUUGGAAAAGCAUCAGAUCUAACAGUAGGGAACAUACUAAAAGAUACCAAGGAAUUCAGUGGAGUUAGCAUGAAAGAGGGGCAUGUUUACAUGGGAGACUUCUCCAGCCUUGCUACUGCAGAACAUCUUUACCCUUGAAAUCGAGUAAGGUUUCUAGUAUAGCUCUUUCAUCCCAGUUCCCAAAACAGUCACUUUACUCCAGGAGAAUAUUUUUUUACUCCAGAAGAAUUAUUAUUUCAGGUUAAAACCAACUCUUAUCCCACAACUGCACCAGUUUUGGGAGAGACAGCAGCACAUGCCUCCAGUGCAGUUGUGCCAGGACCUGUCUGUGUAAACAAGCACUUGGAAGAGAGCUAAAGCAGAAACUGGCAGUGAGCUCUGGAAAAGGGAAUAUGGGGGUUUCUGCAGGGAUCUACUGACAGUUCCAAAGGACUGGAAUAUAUUAACAAACCUGACAGAGAUGCAUAUAACUAUGAGAAAAAUAAGUUGUCUUUGUUUUUAAGCAAUUGCUGGUAAAAAAAAAAAGUUGCUGAGAAAGAUUCUGAGUAGAGGAAGAACAUUCCACCUAUAUGAAUACCAACAUUUUCUAAAUGUUUCUUAAGAAACAGACAUAUGUUUUCUGACAUUUCUGAUUUUGUUAGUUGUCAGGUCUUACUUCAUUCUUCAGACAGGUAUUUUCUAGCUGUUAGGAGUGGGAGAGGCAGCCUUCAAAUGAUCCAGUUUUGGAAAUAGCAGGCUACAUUAAAAAGUGCAACAUUUAAAUUUCUCUGUCACAAAUCAACAACAACAACAACAAAAUCCCACUAAAACCAACUAACUGUAGUACCUGUAGUCUCUGUAUCUGUAGUACCAUAAAAAGCAGUAGUACCAUAAGUAGCAGGAUGGUCAUAAAGAAGUAAAGCAGGAAGAAACGGCUUUGGCAAUGUGUGUCUGCACAUGUACAGUAUGAAUAAAAAGAAUGAAAUAAUGAACACUGGAAGCUGGCCAUAUGUCAAAACCAGACUCCUCCACGUUAAGCAGAGCCAGCAGUGCACAGUCACUUCUAGCACUUUCAAGUUUCCUACAGCAGCCAGGGGGAGAUUCGCAUGGGUGGGAAGAAAAACAUCUUUUUCAGACCAAGCAAACUAGACCCAGUUCUCUAGGAAACAAAGUCCCUUUGCCAUGUUUAUUACUGAAAGUGUUAAAUUUCUGCAGCAGAUCUAUCCUGAUGGCCUUCUGCAGGAUGAACUAUGGACAGUGAUUCUGAGCAGGUAACUCUGAACACCACCGUGUUAGCUUUUCCUGCCACCAUCUGUUUUAAAUCUCACCAGCUUUCCUUUGGCUAUAAAUACUAAUGAAAUGUUUCAGAAGACCACUGUCCCAACUGGAUGCUGCCAUUCCCUGUUUGUGUUUCAAUUUCUGUUAAUUUGUUUCAAUUAACACUUCAUUCUGGGCUCCCUUGUCAAAUGAGAGCUGACAAAUUAACAGUCAUUAUGCUACUUCCAAUGAGUAUGGACUAUGUCUUAAGUUGUGAAAGGCAGGGUUUUUUCCAACCCCUCUAGACCUGUGAAACAGUAGCCUCCUCAAAUAAACGUCAAAGCCACGAAGUUUUUUUUCUAUUUUCAGUUAAGUCUUUGGAAAAAUCUUGUUUUCUUAGAGAUUGCUUCUGUACUUAAAAAGGAAGAACAAAAGCAUAUAAAAAGUCUACAGCCACAUGCGAGGCUUCAGAAGAAGAGGAUAAAACACAGCAGCCAAUGCCAUGUUUUAGUAACAGUGGUUUUAUUUAGGCACAGCUGAAACAAUCUUGAUCCUACCCAUCAUUUUGCAAUAUUACACUUUUCAGACCAGACCUGCCUUUGUCAUACGCUAAACGCUUUCCCAAACAGUUCAUAAAAUUCAACAGUAGAUAUCAAAAAGCCAUGGCUAGGGUUGCAGGUAGUAUGGGAGUCAGAGAAUUGGGAGUUUCAGGAAGAACAGAAAGUGAAUUGGACAAGGAGGUAAUCAGUCAUAUAUAAGGUGGUCCCAUGGCACUUAAAGGCCACAAAGCUGUCAUACUAUGUGGAGUCACUGGAUAUCAAAGGUAUUUUUACAGAACGUGCUCUUAUGUUUUCUGCAUGUGUCUUCUGCUUUCUUUAAAGAAAAAAAAAAAAAGGAGCUGCUAACCGCUAACUUAGAAUUUCUCCUUCCACUAAGUUAAUUUGACAAACAAGGCAUAAGUCCUCCAUAUAGAGAAAUCUUUUCCACUCCCACGGGCUUUUGACCUUUCCUAUGAAACUGCACUAUUUAUGUAAAUAUACCUGGAGACACUUUCUAUAAGCUUUUAGUUUUCUAUGAUCUAUUAUUUUAGUGUUUAUUAAAGAAACAAAUGUAUAGAAUUAUUAAGCAUUCAGGUGAAUACAACAAAGAAAAACAUUGCAAACACAAUUGUUCUGAUUUUGACACAAAGACUCUUGAGAAUCACUGUACUGUUUCAAUUGUCAUUAUUUGCAUUGCUUUGAAAAAUUAAACUUAAAAGAAAGGCCUUAUAAUAAAUGCUAUGUGCAUCUUAAGUGUUACUGAGCAAAAUCAACCUGGCAAACUCCUAUUGCAAUUUGUGAUUUUUAAACCCUCAAAAUAAAUUCUUUUUAGCAUUGAUUUUUUUUUUUUUUUUUUUUAAUUAAAAAUACUUCCAAGCAUACAUUGUAACUGAUGCCACCACCUGAGAAGAUUUACUUGCUGGCAUCCUACAACCACAGAGUCUCUCAUGAUAUCAUCCCCUGGCUGUGCCAAGAGAGCCUCAGCAUUGGAUGGAUCUGGUCACUGCUCAGCACAGAGGGACAUCUGCAGGUGGUAAGAUUUUUGUCACCCAAGAGAUUUACACCUAGAAGCUUCCCUGUGUUGCAAAGGGACCCAUGCUGGAAUGAUUCGUGGAUGGGCUAUUUGUUAUGGUCAGAUGGCAAGUGUGCACUCUCUUAUAUUUCCUGUUCACUGUAUUGGCUUCUGUUUUGGGGGUGUGGGAAAGGGGGAAUUCAAAUUUAAAGAUUAACGAGAAACCAAUUUGAACAACAAUUUCUCACAGACAGAGCGAAUUUGCCUUUUUGCAAAUUGAUUUUUGUAACAAGUUAUUUAUAUGAUACUACUUAAUAAAUUGUUUUUUCUAACUUGGUGGGUUUUUCUGCUAAUUAUAUCAAUCUAUGGUU